AAUGGUAGCGAUUACUACAUUUCAAAAUAGUAUUAAUAAUGAAGUUAUUUCUCAUCCUAAAAAGGAACCAAAACUUGGAAAUUUUAUUUAUUUACUUUCCGGAAUGGCGGUAAUUGGUGGAUUUCUUUUUGGUUAUGACACAGGAAUUGUUUCUGCAGCGAUGCUUUAUGUACCACAAAAUAAUGAUCUUAAACCUAUGGGAAAUUUAUGGAAGGAAGUUAUUGUUUCUAUUACACCUGGAAUGGCUGGUGUUGGUGCCCUUUUUGCCGGAAAGGCAUCUGAUUUAUAUGGGAGAAGAAAAAUGAUUAUUUUGUCGACAAUUAUUUUUGCUGUUGGGGCUUUUGUUUGUGCAAUUGGAAUAAGCAAGUGGAUUUUAUUAAUUGGAAGGAUAUUAUUGGGGAUUGCUAUUGGAUUUGCUUCAAUGAUUGUACCAAUAUAUGUGGGUGAAUGCUCACCGGCACAUAUUAGAGGAAAACUAGUUACUGGAUUUCAAUUAAUGAUUACUUUUGGACUACUUUCUGCCAACCUUUUUGCGGUUGGAUUUUCUUAUAUUGAUCCAGAGAAUUGGGGAUGGAGAUUAAUGUUUGGUUUUGCCGCAAUUCCCUCAAUUUUGCAAUUUAUUGGUUUCUUUUUCCUGCCUGAAAGUCCACGUUGGCUUUACCAAAAUAAUUUAAAAAGUGAAUCAGAAAAAGUUCUUUCAAAAAUUUAUAAUGGAGAUCAAAAUUGGAUUAAAUAUGAAUUGGAUGAAAUCCAUUUUGCUCAUGAACAACAAAUACAGGAUCAACUAACUUAUGGUGGAGGAAAUUUAUUAAUGCGUAUUUUGUCUGAUCCCCCAGUUAGAAAAUCUUUAUUUAUCGGAGCAGCAUUACAAGCAUUUCAGCAAGCAUCUGGAAUUAAUACAAUUAUGUAUUACACAGGAGCAAUAAUCCGUUCUGCGGGCGUUAAAGACUACCACGAUACUAUUUGGAUAUCUGUGGGAACAGCUAGUGGGCUGGGUCGUCGUUUUCUUCUUUUAUUAAGCAUUUUUGCUGUUUUUUGUUCACUCAUUUUAAUGGGUGGAGCUUUUCUAUUAAUAAAUAAAAAUUCUGCCCCUUCAAUUAAUGGAAAUAUUAAUUUGUUUGAUCAAAAAGUAGAUUCAUUUAAUCGUUGUAUUUCACAUAGUAAUUGUGAUUUUUGCACAACAGAUGAAUUAUGUGGAUUUUGUGAGAAAAAGGGAAAUAAUGGAGGGGGAUUUUGUCUUCCUAAGGAUCAUUUUAAUGCAGAUAUUCGUUCUAUAACGGGGCCUUGUUCCUCAAAAAAUAGCACUAAUGGAUUACAUUUUGUUGAAAAUAUUGAAUAUGAGUGGAAUGAAAACUGUCACACAGACACAAAAUAUACAAUUUUGCCAAUUCUUUUAAUGAUAUUAUUUUUGUGUUCUUUUGCUAUUGGUUAUGCUCCUCUUCCUUGGGUUUUAAAUGCUGAAUUUUAUCCACUUUGGGGUAAAUUAUAUAUUAAAUUUUUUCUAAUAAUUACCGUAUUUAUUCUAAUAGUACUACAGUGGUUCUAUUUUUCAACCCUUCGAUUUUUGUGGUUAUAUUAG